AAAGACCAAACCACAAACGGAGAUUACGAAUAUAUCAACUACCAUACGUUCGAAGCAGUCGAUUAUGACAGAUCUAUGUCUUGGGAGGCUGGCGAUGGCAUGGUACAUGUUGGUGUGAAGGUCAUGAAACCACAGAAGACCGAUGUGGACAACAACAACAUCACGCUUCUUGAAGGGCAAAGUGUGAUCGUUUACCGGAUGAAGUUCAAAUUGGCUAAAAAGGCU